UCUCGCUCUUUUGCCGUGUUUUGUUGCUAGUGGCCACACGUGUGCUCCGUUAAAAUCCCCGAAAAAUCAUGGAUAAAUCCGUCGUUUUGGCUCGCGUCGUGAAGGUCCUCGGCCGUACCGGUUCCCAGGGCCAGUGUACCCAGGUGAAGGUGGAGUUCAUCAGCGAACAGAACCGCCAGAUCAUCCGCAACGUCAAGGGCCCAGUGCGCGAAGGUGACAUCCUGACGCUGCUGGAAUCCGAACGCGAAGCCAGAAGAUUGAGAUAAGUGGCUGGUGAGCCGGGAUGAGAGGGGAUUCCGCUUAGGAUUAAGACGGGAGAGAGGUUGAUUUCGUCCGGUUCGAUCGGUCCGGGUUGAAUGGUUAGAUUGCUGUGACAACAAAAUCACGAAAUCUUGUAAAAAGGACAAAAUAAAGGAAAGGAUGUGAAUCAGCUAA